AUGUUCCGCCGUUGUAGCAGGCUGUGCUGUGCACGUCCUCGUGGAAAGACUUGGCCAUUUGGAGCAGUCUUGGGGACAUUCUACUCUCCUCUCCAGGAGACCGAAGUGUUCGCUUCUGCUGACCAAGUCGAAGACUUUCGUCAAGUCAGUAACACUGAUAUACAGUGGUUUCUACUGCUCACGGCAAUUCUCCUGCAGCUGGCACAGCGAGAAGAUUAUGUCAACUGUAGAUCGGUCCGCCCUGAAGCCACACUACCACUCGGGGUACACACAAGAUGCGAGGCUCUGCAAAGGUGGCAAGAAGACGCGGGCAAAGACUUUCCUGACGACGAUCAGGAGGGAAAUGCCGCGGUAGUUAUUGCAGUCGCUGCGGUCACCUUUAUUCUUAUAGAGGGUGACAAUGUUGGCAUCUUGCAUGUCCCGGGGGACAUGGCCCUUCUCUCAGUACAGGCACAAGAGGUCGUGGAGAUGCUGCAGCAAAGCCGGCUUGCGCCUCUUCAGAACCUCCGAAGGGCCCUCUCACAGGAGAGACAGUCAAUGGCUUUUCCGAGUUCCUCCGCAUAUGCAUGCAGGUGUAAUAGCUAUUAUUAUUCAAGUAUACCCUCUGUUCGUGUGGCUUUACAUAUGAUUGAAAAAAGCAUUAUCUAUCUAUCUAUCUAUCUAUCUAUCUAUCUAUCUAUGCAGUACAGUCAUCUCACAUCUAUCUAUGUAGUACAAUCAUCUCACAUCUAUCUAUCUAUGUAG